AUGAUAAUUAUUACUUCAAAUGAAGAUCUUAUUCAUCAGUUAUGUUUGAACAAAUCAAAAAGCACUCAUAUCAUUGAUUUAGAUGAAAAGAAUUCAACGAGUUCAAUAUCCACGAAUAACAAUGGUUUACUUGACCUUACUUUUCUUGCUCAACUUUUCGAACUUAAUUCGGCAAAGGAUCAAAUGUACAAACGAGUUCUUGAUCCUCCUCAAUAUAGUCGAUCAAACAUGUCAAAAAAAGAAAUCAAUCUUGUUUGUCUUAUUUGUGGAGAGCAUGCCAUUGGUUUUAAUUACGAUGUUCUUACAUGUGCUUCGUGUAAAGCAGUUUUUCGUCGAAAUGCUCAACAUACUCUGGAAAAAAUUGGUUGUCGAACAGGACAAAACCGAUGUUCAACAUCUCAUACUAGCCAUCGUAAAUGUCAAUGA